AUGCUAAGCUAUCCAUGUCAAGAUUGUAGCCAAGGGCGGUCAAUUAUGACUACUUCUAAUAACACCAAGGACAUCAAAUCCCCUCCAGACCUCGCUGAGGAGAUUUCUAGCUACCGUCCACGAACCCCCCAACUGGGACUGUUCUGGAUGAUGAUCAUCGCCUGGGGCAUCGCGGCCGCAGGAGCCGGGGGCGAGUACCCCGUCUGCACCACCACCAGCACCGAAGCCUCCAACGACAGCCCCUCAACCCGUCUUCGCCGCGGCAUCCUCAUCGCACUCGCCACCGACUUCGCCGUCGAUUUAGGUUUCGUCAUCGCAGGCUGCAUCGCUCUCAUCGUAUUAUCUGCCUACAACAAACGAGCAACCGGCGGAGGAUGGCGGAUCUGCUUCGGCUUGGAAUUCGUCUUGCCGGCUGUGCUCUUCUUCUUCUUCCAGAUCGGGAUGAUCGAGUCAACGCAAUACCGCAAAUACGCCAUGAAGCAGACUAUGCCGCACGGGCUGAUUGUUAGGAAGUACUGGAGGCCGAUGGUGGGAACGAGUUUGGCGUGGUUUGUUUAUGAUUUUGGUACGUAUCCGUUUGGGUUGUUUUCGUCGACGAUUAUCAGUCACGUGAACCCGGACGAUUCGCUGGUGCAGAAUAGCGGGCUGGGCACAGCUGUCAAUUGUUUCUACCUACCUGGAUGUAUUUCUGGAGGCUUUCUGAUGGGCUGGAUUGGAAGGAAGCAGACGAUGACACCGGGGUUGGCGUGCUGGGCUGUGUUGGGCUUCAUCAUUGGUGGCGCGCUGGGUCCAAUCCACAGUAUCUUGCCACUGUUCAUUCUCCUCUAUGUACUAUUUCAAGCCUUUGGCGAAAUGGGUCCAGGUGUCGCGACGUUUCUCUGCGGUGCUGAGAACUUCGCGACGCCAACAUGA